CUUUCUGUUUACAUAAGGUGUAUAGUAAUAUAAAACAUCGCUUCAGUCGUUGCAUUAUGUAGAGUUUAUCUCUUGCUCCCGAAUAUUUAAUGCCACAGCUGUGUUGGCGUGAUGCCUACCGAUUUAUAGAGUUAUUUAUGAGUCACUUUGAAAGUUAAUCGACUGAGCUGAAUGUUUUUAACGAUAUAUCAAAGCAAGUUUUGGCAUCUUAUGAUGUGACUAAAGAUAUACAAUCAUAGGAUAUAUUGCACUAAUGGAAUUAGUACAAAUCAGCUAAGUAACGGCCCGGGGGAUUAGUGUAUUCCGGUAAGCUGAACUAUAAACAAAAGUUUAUGUUCAGUUAUAUUUGAUUUUCACCCAGUGCAAGACGUGCUCACCUAGGUUUUAAAUCAUGGAAGAGAAUGGACCUGCUAAUGGCCAACAGUUUGUUGAGCCGACUGACCACGAAGGUCAAGUUUUUCAGUAUAUCUGUCGAGUAGGCAAUAUCGCAGAGCUUUUAGAGGCUCUGGAAUCCAUGCGGUGGACCGAUGUCAUACAUCAGUAUGAUUUAUGUGGAAGACAGGUCACUCACGCCGUAGCUGAGGACGACCAAGCUAACGCUAAGUCAAAAAUCGAGAUACUUUGGAACAUGGGUGCUGAUAUCAAUGCUAAGGAGGUUGUUAUGGGGAACACCUUGCUGCAUAUUGCGGUGAUCACUGGGAAUUAUCCGCUGGCCCAGUGGAUUUGCCGAACACCUGGUGCAGACCUAGGAGCUGUAAACUUUUUGCAAGAUACUGCUUAUCAAGUUGCCUACAGAAUUUCAGACCUUGGAAUGAUGGAAAUCCUAAGGACUAGCGGUGCUGUGUGUGACGAUCCUUCCGAUGAGUCUGACACAUCAAGUGAAAGUCUUGAAUUGACUCCAAGGUAACUUAUACACGAUAUUUGGCGAUAUGUAAACAAAUAACAUAGCAAUGUCCACUGAUAGGGAAAAGGUGAUGCAAUUCUAACAAGGGGUAAUUGUAAGAACAAAUAUCUAACAAUGAGAUUGAGAAUUAUUUUUUUU